GAGAAUCGAGAAGGAGUGGUGGUGCACAUAUAGAGGGGCGAGAGGGCGCGGCUUGUCCAGACGCAAUCUGUCCCGCCGACGACGAUCAUGUCGCCAAAGUUGAUAUUUUUCAUAGGAUUCCUCUGUCUACUUGCCGUGACAGUGAGAGCCCAAAAUGACGACGAGGGUGAAAAUUCAGAUCCAAAUGCAGAGGAACUUUGCCAUGAUAGGCCAGGGGAUGAAUACUUCCGUCUGCACACAGAUGGAGAUUGUCGGGAUGUUGUGAGGUGCGACAAAGCGACCGAGAUCGGAGUAACUAGGCUGGCUACAGUGAAGUGUCCAACCGGUCUUGCCUUCGAUAUCGACAGGCAGACUUGCGACUGGAAGACCAACGUCAAGAACUGCGACACACUUGAAAAACCACGUAAGGUUUUGCCAAAGUUUAAAACUGACGAGCCUGUCUGUCCUGAUGGACAAUUGUCCUGUGGAAAUGGAGAAUGUGUAGACAAGGAGUUAUUCUGCAAUGGAAAGCCCGACUGCAAAGACGAAUCUGAUGAAAAUGCUUGCACUGUGGAAAGCGAUCCAAACAGAGCACCAGACUGUGAUCCAACACAAUGUGUCCUGCCAGACUGUUAUUGCUCAGCGGACGGAACUAGGAUUCCCGGAAAUAUUGAAGUAUCUCAGGUACCACAAAUGAUCACAAUUACAUUCAAUGGAGCAGUAAAUGUAGACAAUAUCGACUUGUAUGAAGAAAUCUUCAAUGGAGCUCGUGCUAACCCCAACGGAUGUCAAAUUCGCGGAACCUUCUUCGUUUCCCAUAAGUACACAAAUUACUCUGCAGUUCAAGAUCUUCACAGAAAAGGACACGAAAUUUCUGUCUUUUCUCUUACCCACAAAGAUGACCCGCAAUACUGGAGUCUUGGAAGCUACGAUGAUUGGCUCGCAGAAAUGGCUGGUGCUAGACUAAUUAUUGAACGAUUCGCUAAUAUUACUGAUGGAUCAGUUGUAGGAGUGAGAGCACCUUAUUUGAGGGUUGGAGGUAACAAGCAAUUUGAGAUGAUGGCUGACCAGCUUUUUGUUUAUGAUGCUUCAAUCACAGCUUCACUUGGCCGUGUGCCCAUCUGGCCCUAUACUCUCUACUUCCGCAUGCCACACAAGUGUAACGGAAACAGCGGAAACUGCCCCUCCAGAUCACAUCCUGUGUGGGAAAUGGUCAUGAAUGAAUUAGACAGACGUGAUGACCCGACCUUCGAUGAGUCUCUACCAGGUUGUCAUAUGAUUGAUUCUUGCUCCAACGUCCAAACUGGAGAACAAUUUGGAAGACUGCUCAGACAUAACUUUAAUCGUCAUUUAAACAGCAAUAGGGCCCCAUUGGGACUUCAUUUCCAUGCUUCCUGGUUGAAGAGCAAGAGGGAAUACAAGGAAGAACUUAUCAAAUUCAUUGAAGAAGUUUUGGCCACGAAUAAUGUUUAUUUCGUCACCAUGCUUCAGGUCAUCAAAUGGAUGCAAAAUCCAACAGAACUAUCUGCAAUCCGAGACUUCCAAGAGUGGAAAGAAGCUUGUGAUGAGAAAGGCCAGCCCUACUGUUCCCUUCCAAAUGCCUGCCCAUUAACAACGCGGGAAUUACCUGGCGAGACCCUUCGUCUUUUCACCUGCAUGGAGUGCCCCAACAACUAUCCCUGGCUGCUGGACCCGACCGGCGAUGGUUUCUCCGUCAAGAAAUGAGCAAGCGUUUGUAAAAGAUCGAGACCGAUCCACUGCGCACCCCUUCAGCUCACAUUUUCAAGCACUCACCGUCAGUGGCGUCCUUUAUUGCUAGAUACCAAACUCCAGACAACCAUUUUUAUUUUACUCUAAAGGAGAGUAGAAAAAGAAAAACUAAUACUAAAUUGAAACUAAAAUUUUCUUUAUCUAUUCCGAUUUUGCAUUUUUUUUAAUUACUUCAAUAGAUAUGGAGAAACUAAUUAAUAUAUUCGAGUUCCCUUAGCUGAUAAGCCACUGACAUAAACUUUCUCUAAUACUGCGAUAAAACAGAUCAGAGUUUAAACUUUCGAAACCAUUUAUAUCGCGUUUGGAGUGAUCAUAAAAUAAUGAUUGAUAUGAUAUUUCAAUGCAGAAUCAAAGUUUUAUAAACACGAACUCGUCCUCAUGCAAAAACGAAUCGUGCCCAUUGUCUGGUUCCAUCAUUCUGCAUUUUGACUCCACGCACGAGCUGCGUUGCGUUUUUAUUGAAUGUACAAAUUCAUCAUUUCUGCUGAGCCUAAUGCUUUUUUUAUAACUUCAUAAAAUCGACGCAGACUGUGAAAAUUUGUUUUAAUUACUGGAUGUUCCGUGAUAAAAAAUAUUUCACAAAAACCACUGCUAAGGAUACAAAAAAUGUACAGAUUUCGAUUUAAAUGUGAAGAAAGUCGAUUAUUAUUGUACGUAGCAAAUUAAUUCCUAAGUAGUAAUGAAUAAAUUUGUAAGAAUAUCCUCCGAAGAUUUCAAUUUAUUCUUGUAAAAGUGUCAAAUUGCACAAAACAUUUAGGUCUCAGGAGGAUCUUUGUUAAGGAUGAGCUAGUAUAUCUUGUGUGAGUACAUGAGUGAAUGAAGUUGACAUACAGUGACCCAAGAUGUGUUGAAUUUUUUUAAAUCAGGAUAAAACGAAAAAAUAAAAAAAAUCAAGAUAUU